CAUCCAUUGGCAAUCGACCGACGACAUGGGUCAGCCCUUGUUUUGGCCUGGACUUUGACUUCAAUAUUUCACAUUCAAUCAGUACACUUGCACAUGACAAGAUUACGGUAUCUAAUCUGGUUGAAGCAAACGGUAUCACAUCGGUUCCUGGUGCUCCCUUUUCAAAGUGAUUGGCUUUUUGUCAGUCUUUUGUCAUCAGAAAGGACCUUUUAUGAUCCCAGAGCCUUAUCAAUAAAACGUAGUGCUGUUUUGAGUAACAAGAAGUUUAGGAAGGCCGCUACUGGCUUCAGACAUGCAUCAUCCUCUCAUUCUCUUGUAGACCUCAGCCGCAUAAGAAUGGCUGACAAGAAGCACCGUCAGGACACAGGGCGGUAUGGCUCUGGCAGGAAAGGUCAAGGUCGGGCUCCUCUUGCAUCGAGUUCGAAAAACUUGUUUCGUUUAGAUAGUUUUCAUAUUGCUAGUAGGGUUCAGUCAGUCGUCGGGGAGUCCAAGAGGAAUGGAGUUGAUGCAGCAGCGGAUUUGCCUGAGGAGGGAGAACUGUGUGAGUCUUCAACGAGGCUACAGAAAGCCAAGUCUAAGCCAAAGUCUGAAGUACAUCGACCAGUAUACUCACCACAACGCAAUGACAAAGAAAAACAAGUAAAUUCACACUUUUUUUUCCAGGAACAAUCAAGACCAAAGAAAUAUGAAAGUUGGUCCAAGAAGGGAAAUAGAAAAAGGGUAGAUAACAAAGGGCGAAGAGGACAGUCAUCAAAAAGUCCAAGCCUUUCUUCAGUGCAGGACGAUUCUCCUGGAGGGAAUGUUAGCAGUGCUGUUGGAGUAAAAGGAAAAGAUCCAGAUAAAACUAAGGCUAAACGAUCUAGAAGGCAUAAAAAACACAGCCAAGUGAUGCACGAAGGGCUUUCAGUGAAAAGUGGACAUCCAAGCUCUGCAGACAGUGUGGUUGAUGAAGAGAAAGUGAUGAUUAUCAGCAUGAGAGAGAGGUCUGUUCCUUCUGGUUAUAAUUUAAUGACUUCUGAGGGUGGGAAUCCUGUUGACUUUGCAGAGGUGGAGGAGGGGGAGAUAGUGGAAGAGUCUGAUGAAAUCAGAGGAACUUGUGAUGGUUUUGUAGAACAGAAAAGAAAUCAUGGUAAUCGUCGUAGACGAUCAGGAAAGAGACGUAGACGAAAAAGGUCUGAAAGCCAAGAGGAUGCAGCAACAAACGAUGAGAAACAAAGACGUGAGAAAAGGCAUGAAUUCAGCAGGAAGACAAAAAGACAAAGAGAGACUGAAAGACGAGAUGAGUGUAGAAAGGAAGAGAAUGAUAUAUCGGUGGGUUCUGUUUCACAUCUUAUGUCUCAGGCUAGGGCUCCAGAUGUUGUAAGGAGGUUCAAUAAAGUCAGGAUGGAAGCUGGAAGAAAAAAUGCUGAUAACUACGAAGUAGUGUGUGUGUCCAGCUCUGAUGAAGCAAGUUCUGACAGAAAUGUUCAUCCCAAAGCUGCUGAUUCUGCGACUGAAACUCAGCCUGAAAUAUACAGGGAAGAUGAAGUCACUGGCACAGACUGUAGUAACAAAAAUCUGGAAGGGAAAGGUCAAAGCUUCGAGUAUCUUGAGAACUGGACUUCUCACUGGGGAGCAGACAUAAGCAGUAUUCCUCUCCCUCCUGAGGCUGUAAAGAAUACAUUGGAGAAGUCGAUACAGGUCGCCUCUGGUGGUAGAAAUCAUCAAACAAAAGAGACUGAUGACUCAGAACAAGCCAAAUUCAGUAUUAGCAAAUCUCCCUCAGAAGAGAGGUCCUUGGGCAGCAAUAGUGCAGCAAAAGAGGCAGAGGCCUGUGGUAGCAGUUGCAAAACUUCACAAUCUGACUUGUGGAAAUCAGAUUUAUCCUCUGAUGCCCGUCCUCUGUGGCUGGAAGCUCUCACUUCUGAAGCUCAGGCAUACGCCACCCGUCAGCAAACUUUCUCCUUCAGUAUACAGCAACAGCCACAGCACAGAGCCAUCAAUAAUCCUUCUCAAAAUGUUCCCACUGAUCGGUUUCAGGGAUGGACUGACCAGGAUCAGCACAACUCUCUGCCUGCACAGUCACUGGACCAACGCAGAACUUUGUCUAAUUCAAAUUCCCAAGGUGCACCCAAAGCCUUUCAAUCUUUGUCUCCUCAAACUCAAAACCAGAGUAUUAUGAAUCAAGAAAGCCUGCCUAAGCGAGACUUUGCUUACCAUCAAAACAUUCCAAACUCUUCCUCACAGCUAUUGUCUCCAGUUUCUGGAUUGAGUUCUCACUCUCUAAAACAAAACAGUGAGGUGUCAUCACUCAGACCUAUGACCCCUGGUAAUUCAAGUGGAGCAACUGGCAGAGACUUUGAUCGACGGCCUUUUUCAGCCCCUCAGUCUCCUCAUUGCCCGCCUGGUAAUCAGCAUGCUAGUCCCCUCUCUACGUCGUCAUCUGGCCAUAGACAGUGCCAGUCUGAUGCUGUCUCCUGGCAACAAAAGCCACAAGGAGCAGGGGAAGAUGUCGCGCAGAAGAAAUCUAUGCAGUUCCCUUCCUGCUCGGAGGUGACACACAGCCAGCGAAAUUGGCACACAGUCCGGGCAAUGGAUGACCGUGUGCCAGGGUCUCUCGAGUUCUCGGUCAUGUCUUACAACAUCCUGUCCCAGAACCUGCUGGAGUUUCAUCCAUACCUGUAUGGACAAUGUGAGAAGGAGAACCUCAAGUGGAGGAACAGGGGCCCUGCCUUGGUGCAGCAGAUACUGGCUCACAAUGCAGAUGUGUUGUGCCUGCAGGAGGUUCAAGAGGAUCAUUGGGUCUCUCUGCUCCGUGGAGCUUUCCAUGCUCAUGGUUACAGAAGCUUCUACAAAAGGAAGCCUGGCAACAAGUGUGAUGGCUGUGCCGUUCUGUACAAGGCCGACAAGUUCAACCUGCUCCGCGCCGUUCCCGUGAAUAUGGACAGAGGUGGGAUCUUGGAUCGUGAGAACGUGGGGGUCAUUGUCCUGCUGGAGCCACGGUCAGACGUCUACUCUGGGGCGGUGCGCAGACUUUGCGUGGCCACCACCCACUUGCUGUUCAACCCCCGGCGUGGAGACGUGAAGCUGGCACAGCUUGUUCUUUUCUUAGCGGAGAUUGACAAGCAAGCUUACCUCGACCCUGACUGUUGGCCUAUUGAGAAGUGUCCAGAUGCCACUGGUGUGGGUGUUCCGCAGAGUGGUCAGGCCAAGAUAGACCGGGACGCAGAAGAUAGAGUGAGGGGGCCUGGGGCUGGGGCAAGGGUUACUGAUGCUUCUGGUGUUCAAUUUCCAAGUCAGGGGGCAAAGUUGAAAGCAUCACUGACCGGUGAUAGGACUGCUGAUAAAUGUGAUAUAUUUGGGUAUGAACAAAUGAGGGAAAGUAUCACUGGGAUUUCAGGAACGGCAUCUCCUAGAAUGGAGGAAGAUAGGGAUUGCACUGCAAGCAAAACUGCGUAUUGCCCUAUUAUCCUGUGUGGAGAUUUCAACUCUGAGCCCUGGAGUGAUUUUUAUAAAUUUGUCACGUCCGGAGAGCUUCAGUACCAGGGUCUCAUUUCUCGUCUAAUUUGCGGUCAAGAAGAAGGUCAGACCCUUGGGACAAAUUUGAUAAUUCCUCGUGUUCUUAUGCCGAAUCACCUGAAGAUCUCAGAGCAUUGUCAGUUCAAACAUGUUGCAGACUCUAGAUGGUAUCAGACGUGUCGCAGGAAAAACAAAGCGGGUGUGCCAGUGGGUAAGAGACAACCGUGGGCUAGCAACACGGGCAGACUUCAUCACGCCAUGAAUCUGAAGUCAGCUUACAGACAUUUUGCUGAUUGUCCGGGCCCCGUUGUGAAAGAAGUGAGUACCUUCCACCUCCGUGCUUCUUGCACUGUGGACUACAUUUUCUUCUCCUCUGGUUCUUGCAGCCGCAGUCAUGAUCGUUUCAAGGACUCUGAGUGUUUUCAACAUUUACAGCAUUCAGAUUCAAGCCGCGCUACGGCAAACAGACUUGGUUAUGCCGUCCCGCGUUCUGUUGACCGUGACUGCGACAACAGUGUGCAGUGUGCCAUGUCAGUUCCUGACACGAGUGACAAUGACGCUUUGGUCCUGUUGUCUCGCUAUCGACUGCUGACUUCUGAAGAGGUGUCCCGCACAGGCUACAUGCCCAAUGCAAUGUUCCCCUCUGAUCACCUGUGCCUCAUAGCCAGGUUCCUGUUGAGAUAACCGCGGCUGUUUUUUGUUUUUGGAGAAUUUUAGUGAAAAAAAUGAUGAGGAACAGAAUGAAGCUGAGACUGUGAAGACAAAUAACUCGGGGAGAAAGCCCUUGUUGUGUCUGCUUGUUACGUUCAUCAAGCUAUCGUGCUUGUUUUUGCGUCAUUGUGAGAGAACUGUCUGUUGUCUGUUUCGAUUAUAAUGUCUUCUGAUGGAUGGAAACCCACGUCCUUCCUUUUCCUUUUUUUGUUUAUCUUACUUUUUCCCAAACCUGAAUGACCAUUAUUGUGACGAUGAGCGCUUCUCUUUACUCAAAAAGACCCAAAUAAUUACUGUUUGUUUUCUUCUCAUUUCCUAUCAAUGUCUGCCCCUCCAUACCAUUUCCAGCAGCUAUAGCGGAUUUGUCAAAAAUGUGUUGCUUAAUGGUUUGACGUUCCUACCAUAGAGUCAUUCAACAUAAAAAUGCUGACAAGAAUCCUCUCUCUCUUGCCCUUUUUAACUCCCAGUGGAGCACAGGCCGUCAACAACCUUACUCCAGCGAUGCCUGUCCUGAGCAUCAUUUUCCUGUCCUGAGCAUUAUUUUCUAGCUGUUUCCAUGAUGUCCCCAUUUU